GAAUAAAUACUUUAGUUUAGACAAUGGAAAAGCUGAAUAAAACAGCUGACACACUCAAAACAUCUUUGCUCUGUCCUACCAACAAAUAUCCCAGAACAGAAGCUUCAGUAAGCCUUUGGCAUAGAUGCGUUGCCAAUCAACAAUAUCUAUCCUAGCAGAAAGGCACUUAUCUCCUGUUCUUUAAGGUUUAUACUAAAUAGUGGUAUCCUGUCUUCCAUUGAAAUGUGUCCGUGAGAAGAAUCACUAGUUAGUUUAGUCUCUCACUCCACCUUAAGAUUCCAUACUAGUGUAUGCAUUGCUUAAUCUUCACGCAAUGUUUUCGUACCUGUACCAUUUUGUUAGCACAAGGCUUGGCUUUAGCCCUUUUUAUUUUUUUUGGCAUUGGGCCAGCCAUGGAUUCUUUCUCAGAUAGAUGGCUUGCUGUUUCCGUAUACAUUGGAGAGCGGGCUUGGUGAUGAUGGAAUUGAUGAGUGAAGACAGCCAACCACGCUUGGUCUAAGGCUAGGAGGAAUAGGUGAAGGUGAUCCGAAGAAACAAAAGGAGACAUCAAGCCAACAGAUUGUAUGGUACGGUUGCCCUUGCCCAGAUGGCCGAUCCUUUGUCUAUAGUGGACAACAUCAUCCAACUGGUGCUCGCGAUCAAGGAAGCCGUGGAAAUGGUCCGUGAGAACAAGGACGAAUGCGUUGACAUUCAGCGUCGUGUGCUUAGAAUCAAGAUUCUACUAUCGCUACUGAAGAAAUCAGAGAUGAUGAAGCACCAGGCCAUGAGCGAAGCCCUGGAGGACCUCGGCAAUGCUCUGUCCCGUGCCCUCGAGGUCGUCAAAGCCUGCCAUGCGAGGAACAUCCUGUGUCGGUUCUGUGCAUCCGGGAAGCAGGCCAAGAAGCUGCGCCAAGUUAGGGGUGAUAUAUCAGAGACGAUGAUGGUGGCCAUCUUUGCAACCAAUGUCGUCGUCUAUGUCGAGUCAGAAAGUCAUGAUAGUGAUGAUGAAGAACCUUAUCCCCUCUCUGAACAUCUACCAGCAUCUCCUCCUCUCUCCAUUGUUGUUGGCGAGGAUCGACUUUCUCCUCCGCCUGCACAUGCAGCUCCUUCUACUUCCAUUAAUGUUGUUGAUGUCUCUGAUUCUGAUCUACCUCCAUGUUCACCUAAACAACAAUUAUCCCAUCCUCCAAGAGUUGUACCCCUGCUUUGUCCGAACAUCUACAUCCUCAUUUAUCUACACAACAACAACAGAAAACAAAACAGCCAUCACCACCUACUUCUCCUCCUUUAUCCAGACGUAAACCUUCUUAUCCACAUACAAAACCACCACCAUCACCACCACAUACUCCUGCAAAAAUAG